CUGUUCAGGUCAAUGUUUCUCUCUAUGCGUGCCAUAGCCCCACUGAUUAUAUAAAUAACAGAAGCAACAACCAUUCUCAACAUUUUUAGCCAUGUUGUACUUGUGCUGUCUCUCACUUGCUUUCGUGGUCGCCUUUGCAGCUCCACCAAAUGACCAGAUUGUUGCCGGGUCAGCAGCUGGGUUGUGUGAAUUCCCGUCAAUUGUCCAUUUAGAAGUAUUCGAUGCGGACCACAAGGACACGUACGGUGCCUGUGGAGGCACUCUCAUUGAUUCUACCCACGUGGUGACAGCUGCUCACUGCAUAGAAGGAAACGUUAACAAAGUUGUGGUAAACAUUGGAACCAACAAACAAAACAUUUAUGGCGAUCAGUCAACAACUGCAAAAUCGUUUUUAAUCCACGCAGAGUAUGGAUCGACAGAUUACAUCGUCAAGAAUGAUAUCGCCAUAUUGACUUUGGCUACCCGCAUAAAACCUGACAACUGCGUCAGCUUUGCACCUCUGGCCGGAGCAGGAGAAUCGUUUGACGGUGCACGAUGCAUCGCCGCUGGAUGGGGUGAUCUCGGAUGGAAACAGAACUCACCUAAUGAUCUUCAGAAAGUCGCCCUUCCGGCAAUUCCCACGGAAACCUGUAAACAAAACUCUAAAAUGGUGAUCUCCAAGGGCGUCUUGUGUGCCGGUGACUUCCGAAGUGGAGGACCCAGUACCUGUCAGGGCGACUCUGGUGGACCUUUGUACUGUCCCAGUAAAAAAACAGGGCAAAUGGUGCUGGCAGGAGUGACAUCUUUUGGUAACAAAUGCGACAAAGAAAUCAGUGCCUUUAGCAGUGUGGCUUAUUUCCGAAGGUGGAUUGAUAAUAAUAGUCGUUGACAUGCAAGAAGAGUAUUGACGAAGUCUUUAGGAUCUUUAAUAAAUAUUCAUUAAGAGAUCAUCAAGAAA